CCAUGCGACUCACUUCACUUCCCCACAUCCACUCCACAAAUUCCACACAAUUUCUCCACCGGGAAUAUUCCCCGGCAAAGUAAGAUUCCGAUCGAAACCAACCUGAAAAAGAAUGGCGUCUUCGAGCAGUAAUACUUGGAUUUUCUCCCUUAAAGUUGUGUUGAUUUCAGCUGGUAUUGUGUCCAUAGCUAUGGCUACUAAAUUCUCCGCUCCGUUGAUCAUCAAUUUCGCAGUCUAUGAAGUCCCUCUUAUAUGGUCAACUCUCCUUUCCUGGCUCAAACCUCCUUAUCUCUACCUCAUCAUCAACGGCAUCAUCAUCACCAUCGCCGCCUCCUCACGUCUCUACCAAAAGCUGGAUCACCGCACUCACUCGGAGCCACCGUUGGUUUCGCCGAAGCCUCUAUCUUCAGAUCUACGAUCAGAUUUCGCCGCCGUGUCGACUCAGUCUGAGUUUCGCGUUCUCAAAUCUACGGUAGUGUAUGAGGAUGAAGCAAGGGUUCCGGAGGUGAAUCGGGAGUUGCUGAACGGUUUGGAGGUUGGAGAUCAAGAUGAAGAUAAGUUUGUGAUCUCGACUCAGUAUAUGGAAUCUCCGGCGAUGUAUGAGGAUGAAGCUAAUUUUCCGGAGGUGAAUGAUCAUGAGGUCAGGAACGGUUCGGAGGUUGAUGAUAUUCAAGAUGAAGAUGAGUUUGUGAUCUCGACUUCAUCGUGGACGCCGCUUCAGAGGAUGAGUUCGUUGGAGAUGCAGACGGAGUAUAUUUUACCGGCAACAGAGAAGCCUCCGAUUUCUUCGAGGUUCGGUCACCGGAAACCUGUAAAAGCCAGUCCUGAAGGUGGAAAAGCACUGAAAGUGGCGAAGCCAAAGCGGCACGAAACGUUGGAGAACACAUGGAAGAUGAUAACGGACGGCCGUCACAUGCCACUCACGAGGCACCUGAAGAGGUCCGAGGCGUGGGAGAACCGUGACCGUCAGUUCAAUGCUGGCCCACAUGAUUCGUCCCCUGACAAAUCAGAGACGUCCAAUGUCGACCAUGCUAACUCUGACCCACCUUCAUCAUCAGGCAAGCUUCGAAAAGAGCCGUCCCUGAGUCAGGAAGAGUUAAACCGCCGAGUUGAAGCGUUCAUAAACAAGUUCAAUGACGACAUCAGGUUGCAGAGACAAGAGUCGUUAAAACGGUAUAGGGAGAUGAUUAAUCGUGGGGCCCAUUAAUUCACAGCUCCAUGUACAGGUGGAACCGUUGAACUAAAAAAAAGAGUUCUUAACUUUAUAUAUAAAAAUAUAAUACUUUACUGUAUGAAAUGACUUCUUAUUUUUCCCUUUUAGGUUAAAGGUCGGGUAUAGAAAAUCAAAAAGAAAAAGUUCGAAUUUGAAUCUGGUUUGAUACUUCCUUUUUUCUUUCUUCUUUCUUUUUUUUUUUUGGGUCAAUUCCAAUUUCAAUAGUAGAUACAUGAAACUUGGUAGAAUUAUAGGAAAGUUUGUAUUGUAUUUGGUUUGUUCUUUUACUAGUUUCAAAUUUUUGUAUACAAUUAUAGGAAGGUUUAUAAAAUAUUGUAUUUGGUUUGUUCA